ACUAACUUUCCACAACAGGAAGUGUGUGAGCGAACUAGUGAUUACGGAACUAAGUUCUUAGCCAGAAUCAAAUAAAUAAAGGAUUAAUCUCGAAUUACCUCCCGUGUAAUCCUGUAACUCUUUCCACGAUGUCUCGGCAAUCCAACCGAACGACAGACAGCAAGAAAAUGAACUCUGAGCUGUUCACAUUGACCUAUGGGGCCCUGGUGACCCAGCUUUGUAAAGACUAUGAAAAUGACGAGGAAGUCAAUAAACAGCUGGACAAGAUGGGAUACAACAUCGGAGUGCGUCUGAUUGAGGACUUCUUGGCGCGUUCCAGCAUCGGCAGGUGUCAGGAUUUCCGAGAAACAGCCGAUAUCAUCGCUAAGGUUGCAUUUAAGAUGUACCUGGGAAUUACCCCCAGUGUGACCAACUGGAGUCCAGGAGGAGAUGAAUUUUCUCUGAUUCUGGAGAACAACCCGCUGGCCGACUUUGUGGAGCUGCCAGAUAACCACAGCACGCUCAUUUACUCCAAUCUACUGUGUGGUGUCCUCAGAGGAGCCCUGGAGAUGGUCCAGAUGGCAGUGGAUGUGAAGUUUGCCCAGGACAGUCUCAGAGGGGACAACGUUACAGAAAUCCGCAUGAAGUUCAUCAAGAGGAUUGAAGAAAACCUCCCAGCCGGAGAGGAGUGACAGAAAAACAAAGACACUUUUAUUUUGCUUAGGUGUAUUUUUUUUUUGAGUUGCGUGGCAUGUUUCUUAAUUUAUGUAUAUAUUUUUUUCUCAAUUAAAUCAACAUUAAUCAAUAUAUGUUACAUGAUCCUUUUCUCACUGGGUGAUUUCAAAACAUUUUUACCACAGUUGAAUUUGGGACUGGACUAUAUGAAUAGGCUGUUUCAACACAUUUGUAUGCUUUGAUUUAAGCCAUUAAAAUUUAACUAGGCUGUAUAUUUAGGGUUGUUUUGCUGAAAGACGUUCUUCUACUCCAGUCUUAUGGAGCUUUAAAGGUCUUUAAUACCAGGAUUUCCCUGUAUUUCUCUCCAUCCAUUUCUCACCCACUCUGACUAGGUUUAAUGUCCCCUCAGAGGGGAAAACAUUCCUGCAGCAUGAUGCAGUCACCACAUUUCAUGGUGGGCUAUGUUGUAAGUGUGAUGUGCAAUCUUAGGUUUCCAAAACAUGUAGCGUUUAGCAUGUCCACUUAAGCGCUCUGGUGUCUUCUGACCAGAGUACAAUCAUCCAAAUAUCUGCAGCUGCUCCAGAGUUACCACGGUCUUCUAACAGCUCGCCUUCACAGUUGUGGCUUUAACUGGUUCUUUCCAGUCAGCCCAGCACGUUUCUUAUCCAUUCGCAAAUCCAGUGCGGUUCCUUCCUGUUGUUUGGAACCGUCUCAAGGGUGGUACAAGCCAGGGCAAUCUGGGUAUAGAAAUUUGAGUGCAUUUGUUGAUCGGCUUGUGGAUUUACGUGGAUUUCGUGAAGGUGUUACUUGUGGAAGAAUGCAUACAGCAUCACGUAAUGAACAGAAAUAAAAUGAGAGAUCUUGAAGAAACUGGUUGCCCAAAGGUACACGCUUAAAAUGACGUUAUCAGAGUGUCGACCGCGUUCCCACAUUCCUGCUCACGUUCUUACGCACAUCCAUGCGCACAUAGUGAAGAACAGACACCCAACUUGCUAGAACCGAAACAGACUUUAACCGGCUAGAGUAAGACUGAAUAUUGAGAAUAUACAUUGAUGAAAUAUGAAAAGGUUUAAGCUUCAUGUUUCUACUUGAGGUCAUUUCUUUGACGCACCAGAGGUGCUUUGCGAAGUCGAACAGUGCUGGAUCUGUUACCAGGCCUGUGUUUGUGCAAAGGACAUUGAAUGAGUCUUGAGUGUGCGUGUCCAAUAAACCUCUUGCAAGUG